UAGAUGCCUGUUGUAUCAGAUAACAGAUGGAUGGAAUAAUGCUGAAAAGUAUGGUGUACUUCAGGGUUGGGUUUCUGAGUUUGCCCAUUCAGUACAGAAGUCAUUAAGACAGCUGCCAUGGAUGUAACAGUAGUGGAAGAUGACAUCUGCAUCCUGAGAUAUGAAAAGUCGGACUUCAAUCCAGUUGGAGAUUACAAAUCCCCAGUCUCAGCAUCUUCAGGAGAUGUAUCUGUUGCUUCCCACUUUGCACUUGUUACUGCAUAUGAGGACAUCAAGAAACGUUUGAAGGAGACUGAGAGAGAGAAUUCCAUCUUAAAAAAGAAAAUCAGACUCUUGGAAGAGAAGAGUCUUUAUACAGAUCAAGAAAAGAAGAAUGUUAUCGGGCGAGAACAAGUCAAUAAAGCCUAUCACGCCUAUAGAGAAGUUUGCAUUGAACGAGAUGAUUUGAAAGCCAAGCUCGACAAGACGACCAAAGAGCAAGAGUCUAUAAAACAUCUUACUGAACAACUUCAGUCUAAAGAAGUUGAACUCCUACAGCUUAAGACUGAAAUAGAGACUUACCAUGUAAUGUCAGAUCUAAAGCAAAUGGAAAUGAACUGCACAGUAGACAAAAUUAACAGUGACCUGAGGAUUCACAGUCUGCAACAGGAAUCAGAAAUCCUGCGAAAUGAAUGCAACAGAAUGCGAGCUGAGCUAAAAACUCUGAAGGAUCAGGGCCAUCAAACCGCUUCCCCUAGUAAUGAGAUUUUGCAAGGACGAGGCAUUCCAAAUGGUGCAGAGGGUAUAAUCAUGGAUGAGGAGCAGAAAAAUUCCAGAGAAGACGUCUUGCUGCAAACAUUUUUUGAAUUGCAGAAGGAAAUGGUUAAUCUACGUUCAAUGACUGAAGUGCAAGCUAAGGUGGUAAGAAAACUGACUGCAGACCAAGUCGUGAGGAGGAAAGUUAUAUCUCAUCUGCCAGUACAGUGUGAAGACGAUGUGGAGCAGAAUUGUAAAGUACAAAUGACCGGUUCUGUUUUCAGACAACCUUACACGACUUUAAAUGAAGGCAAUGUGCUGUUUAGUGCAGUAACCCUUCCCUUGAAGUUGGAUGCAAUAGCCAUGACUCCAGAUGAAAUCUUCAGCCCAUGGACAGCUCCGAGACCAAAUCCUGUUGGGAGUGCUACUUUCCAGGAGCACAAUUCAUACCAUAGGAGUUCUUUGGAUGACAAUUCAUGGGUUGUUCCUAACCCACCAAAACCAAGUGACAUCCAGUUUUGGGAAACAAGAAGUAACACAACACCUAGUCCAGUUAAUUUUAUGGACUAAGAAGCAAAAUUAUUUGAAAUGUGUAUAAUAUGUACAUGCAUAUGUAACAUUCAUCAUUGGUUGUGGAAUUUGCAAAACAAAAAUGUAGGUAAUAAACUGUUGGCUAAAUAGUA